AUGGGAAACUCCUCCUCAAAACCCAAAGACAGAAAAUCAAAGUCUUCCCGUAACUCGGUAUCCUCCUCCUCCACCUCCUCCUCAAAACCUUCCUCGAAAUCAUCUAAACCAUCAAAAUCUGUUCCAGCAGGGACCUCGUCAUCAUCAUCAUCAUCCGCAGCCCUCCCUUUCACUCGCUCCGACACAGUCGGCUCCCAAAAGUCUUUCCGAUCGUUCCAGUCGCGCCAUUCAGUGGCCGAGUCGUUCGUUUCUGCAGUCGACUCUCCUCAGCAACACUCCUCGGGAGGCUCCCGUCAUGCGUCUUCAACCGCUUUACACAAUAUUGAUGAUAAUGGUCCAGCAGCACAUUCAUCCACCACUGUCAAUAGCACCGCUGCAACAACUCCUGCAGCCGCAGCAGGCAUUGGAGGAUCCACAGGUGCUGACGACUAUUUCCAAUACAACGGUGGUGGCACCUCUAGUGCGGGGUACUCGGUGCCUCUAACCCCGGGCCCCAGUAUUCUUGCUCCUGUCAGCGGAAUAUCAACUCCAACCACGGUCGGCGUUUAUACUACAGAAGGACUGCAAGACGCACUCAAUGGCACCGGAACCGGUGCUGAUGGUAAUGAUGGCGGUGACCCGAUGCGACCAAGGUUACAUAGACGUACAUAUUCAAGUAACAGUAUUAUCAAUGGCGGAGUGGUUAACCUAAGCGCCCACAACUCAUCAAGUAAUUUAAGUGGUCAGCAACAACACGGUAACAAUGGCUUGGAAGGUGGCAGUAGUAGUAGCAUCAGCAACUCAGGCACAGGCACCAUGGGAGGGGCCGCACCUGGCGAAGAAGUUAAUGCAGCAACAGUGGCAUCAUCAUCAUCAGCAGUAACAUCUUCAUCAGAUUUAACGGAACAAAACGGCAAUAGCCAGCAUGGCCAUCAUCACCAUCAUCAUCAUCAUCAUCACCAACAACAACAACAACAACAACAUCAACAUGAAACCAGCAAUGAGGGCAGUAGCAGUGCUGAGCUGCCAGAAAAUAGAAAUGAGGAACUGCCAGUAUCUAACGUCAAUCCUCCUACCGAUGGAGUCGAUCCGAAGGACAUUGAGCCUACGCAUAACGAUUCAACAACUUUAUCAACAACUUCAUUAAACACGUCACAAUUGCAUUCAGAGUCUACUUUAAAAAAUACAAAUGGGCAUUCGCGUAACAAUUCCACAUCUUCCAUCUCCACAGGUUCGUACCGACAAAAGGCGCAGCUGACAAUCCCAAUACCGCCCAAUACGUUUGGGUCCAGCAAUAAUGGAGGAACACCAUCUAUUUCCCUUUCUCUACCCGGAUCAGCGGCACAAACUCCUACAACCGAAAGCGAUCCCAUGGGUGGAGUGAAAAAGUCAACGUCAACACCUUCACUUAAAGGGUUGGCUCCUGGAUCCAUCAACAUCCCGGGACAAAAUAGUGGUGCGUUUUCCGGAAGCUAUGGCUCGCUUAAUUCCCCUGGGUCGCAGUUUGUGACGCCAUUGUCAUCGCCAUUACCUCGAGAAAAUAGUUUUGGAAGUGGAGCAACAACACCAACCGGUGGGAUUCCCGUUGGUGGGGAAUCCUCAAAGCGUAAUAAACUUGGGUUACCUUCGUUUGGGUCCUCGAAUGGAAGUAAUGGGGGGACUCCUGGAAGCGCCGGGAGUGGUGGUGCUGGUGCCACAACACCUGGUGGUGGAGGGGGUCCCAAUAAUGCUAGCAAUAGCGGGGGAGGGAUCACACUAAACAUUGAUGAAGCCAUUCAGCGGCUGCUUGACGCUGGGUACCGCGGGCGGACGUCGAAGCACGUUUGCUUGAAGAAUAAUGAAAUUGCGUUAAUUUGCCAAACUGCUCGGGAGAUUUUCCUGUCUCAGCCAGUAGUGUUAGAUCUGUCACCGCCAGUCAAGGUUGUGGGGGAUGUGCAUGGGCAGUACCCAGAUUUGAUUCGGUUGUUUGACAUGUGUGGGUUCCCUCCCGCUGCCAACUACUUGUUUCUUGGAGACUAUGUUGAUCGAGGGAAGCAAUCGCUGGAGACGAUUCUGCUGCUUUUUUGCUACAAGAUCAAGUACCCGGAAAACUUUUUCUUACUACGGGGGAAUCACGAGUGUGCGAGUGUGACACGAGUUUAUGGAUUUUACGAUGAGUGCAAGCGACGGACCAACAUUAAGACAUGGAAGAUUUUUAUUGAUACAUUCAAUACACUACCAGUGGCAGCGAUUAUUGCACAAAAGAUUUUCUGUGUACAUGGUGGGUUAUCACCCUCGCUGAAUAAUAUGAACCAGCUGCGGUCGAUUCAACGGCCAACAGAUGUGCCUGACUUUGGGCUGCUGAAUGACAUUUUGUGGUCAGAUCCUGCUGACACGGAGAAUGAGUGGGAGGAUAAUGAACGCGGGGUGUCGUACUGUUUUAACAAGGUGGCCAUUAACAAGUUUUUGGCCAAGUUUGGGUUUGACUUGGUGUGCCGGGCGCACAUUGUUGUUGAGGACGGGUAUGAGUUUUUUAAUGAGCGCACUCUAGUGACUGUGUUUUCUGCACCCAACUACUGCGGCGAGUUUGACAAUUGGGGGGCCGUCAUGAGUGUUUCAGAAGACUUGUUGUGUUCGUUUGAGUUGUUGAAACCGCUCGACUCUGCAGCGCUGAGACAAGAGAUGCAGCGGAGUCGACGUGAGCGCAAGCACAAUGCAUUGGCCGCGUCGUCCUCCUCUCUGGGCGGGCCCCAAAGUUUUUGA